UUUGAUAUUACCAGUAUAUAAAUAUACGAUACUUAAUAACGGCUACUAGUACGUAUCUAUAGCUGCCAUGAUGAAAUUCACACUAGGACUAUUUGCCAUUUUGGCCGUUAUCGGUCUGGGACAAGCUCACCAGUUCCCGGACUUUGGCAAAGGUCCUCUUCAUGAAGAUCUUCAAGAUAUUCUAGAUUUAGUCCCUAUGGAAGAUAUUAUCGAUAUCGUUGUGGAUUAUAUCUUAUAUGAUCAGGAAGUACAAGAUUUCAUAGAAGAACUUACAAAUCCAAAAAGUACUCUAAUCAAAGACGUGAUAGAAGGUUGUCAAGCCAUUCCCGAAGUGAGCCAGUUUCUUAAUUACCUGCAGAAGGAAGGCAUCAAUGUCAAUCAUAUUGUCAAUAUGAUUAAUAAAUCACUUAAUAUCAAGAAACUUGUACCGUCUGGUUUUCAAGUAUAUUCUGUAAAGGAGAGAACCGGUGGACUCCGCGGAUUGUUCAAAGACAUCAAGAAACACAUCGAUUAUGAUGUCUUCAUGAGCAUAUACGUAGAUAAACUAAAAACUUCUGAAGCCUUUGGCAACUUCAUUAAUCAACUUAAAUCUGACAAUUUUCAACAAAUCGUUAAUAAGGUUUGCGAAAUUAAGGCCGUCCAGUACAUCGUAAGUCGUCUUGAGGCCAGUUCAGUGAAUGUAAAAAUUGUGGGAGAUAUCUUGUACAUUGCUUUCGGCAUCAAUGUACCAAAAUCUCCUUCUAAAACAGUAGUGCAAGAACUAGCGGAUUUCGUCAAACUUAUUCCGAUGGAAAAGUAUCUUAUGACCAUAAUUCAGUAUAUAAAUGAAGACGAAAAAGUACAAAACGCUGUCCGAUUUAUGUUCACAACUGAAUUCCACAACCUGCUGCGUACUCUCGAAGCUCUUAAGGAACAUCAAACACUUGUGUUGUAUUUAGAAAAGGCUGGACUCCCUGUUAUUCAAUCUAUCCAGGAACUGCAUCAUGUCAUCGGUAUGGGAGAAUAUGUACCACCCAAGGUAGAGAGCUUUUUAAAGUCUUUAAUUACGCCGCAAAAAAUCGGUGAUGGAAUGCAAGGAAUGCUCAAGGAUCUUUAUGAUUUAUUACCUUUGAACGAAAUUGACGCUCUUUAUAAAGAGAAGAUGCGGACUUCUAAAACCUUUGUUGAAUUCAUCGCAAUGAUUACAUCCGAGGAAAUAAAGGAGAUUAUCAAUGAUCUAAUUUCUCAUAAGACGUAUAAGGAGUUUAUCACGAAGACCAAAGAAAAGGGAUGGGAUAUGGAAGGAUUAUCAAAUCUUAAUGUUAGAAUAAUUGGUCUUAAAAUCAAAUAUUUUGAGGCUAAUAUAGAACCCAAAUAUAAUCAAUAUUGAUCAUAUUCUGAAUAAUGGCAACUUGCAAGUUAUCUAAAUAAGUUACAUGCUAAUGUAAUAACGGAACAUAAAAGUUACUAAUUUAUUAAUUAUUUCUUCGUAUUAUAAUUAAUAAUAAAUUCAAAUAUUAUAAUAAUAAACAA